AUGUCCUCCUCAACAGUUUUCAACACCGAGUACGACCUGUUCGAUUCCGACGACGGCCUCGGUGGCUCUCCCUUGCCCUUCAUCGACUUCAUCAACACAGAUUCCGACGCUCUCCAGUCUUUUGAGGCGUCUAGGACCGGAGAUCCUAAGGCGCUUCUCGCUCCAAAACCGCACAGCUCCGCACAGCCUGCCGGUGCCACCCCGGAAUCCCUCAACGCGUCAUUCCAGGACUCGGCGUCGGAUUCUUCGUCUUCCAAGAGGACCGGCAGCUCCUCCUCCACAAAGACCGGCAUCACGAGUGGGGACGUGAUGAUGACCGAUGGAUUGGACCUCAAGGCCGAGGCAGACUGGAACCCCGAGAAUUUUGUAAAUGGAAACGAGAAUGACUUCCUCGCCUUUGACGGCACAAUUGAUCCCUCGUCAAUUGAUGGCACAUUCAACUUCAGCGACAGAGGCAUGGAAAAUGCUUUUGAUUUCGGGAGUCCUUCGAACAGCCCGAGCCCGUUUGCUACGGGGACGAUAGAUGGUGCAUCCCCGCAGACACAGGCGACCUUCACCAACUCGUCGAUCAAGGGCUCACCCGCUGCUGCAAAGUCACCCGCCCGUGGCCAUAAUAAGGCCUUCUCACUAAUUAUAAGCCCGAUCCCUCCAAAGUCGCGUGUGGAGACACAGAUUCCUAUCCGGAUGGGCCUCUUCCCACUACCUCCAGGCAUCAAACGGCUACACCUGCCCACGCACACAAUUUCCAAGCCGAAGCUACUUGCUAAACCGAGACCCGAUCCGUCUGCAGACUUGCUUGAGCUUCACACGACCUUGGUCUGCACCAGUGCGAUGCAGAACCCUGAAAUGAAAAAGAAGGCUUUGGCUCGAGCGGCGGCAAAUGCACCUCCAUUCGCAGCCGAUUCCAGAUCAAACGAAGGUGCCUCGGAUGACGACGAAAAGCCUCAGAGCGGCGGGGAAGUUGGUAUUUGCGAUGGCUGCAUGAUGCGUGAACGUAAAAGAGCAGCCCGAAAGAAGGCUAAGAAGCCGGAGGAGGAGGAGAGCUGGUUGAAGGAUGAACGCAAGAGGGUUAUUGUCUUCAACACCCAGGAGAUCAAGGAGUGGCAGGCACCAACCGCUAUCGUGCCCAACACCAACCCCCCGGAGCAGUUCAUCACGAAUGGCGCCAUGCAGAUCGAUGCGCCCAUGAGAAUCGCUUGUUACUGCCGGCACCAUGGCGAGAAGUCUGGCUUUCAGGUUAUCUUUACUAUCAAGGACUGGCGCGGCCAACUCAUUGCACAGGCGCUAUCGCCUUCUAUCAUGAUCACCGAUGAUCACAAGACACAUACGCAGACGCAAUUCAACCAUGCUCUGACCAGUGGGCUCUUUGCAUCUGCUGGUGCCACUGCCACCCGAGUUCCACCUUCAGUAAUUCACAAAGUCAUUCCUAACGAGGGACCUAUUUCUGGGGGUGUUGAAGUGACUAUCUUGGGAGAGGGAUUCUAUCAGGGCCUUGAGGUCAUGUUUGGUGACCGCAGAGCAACAACGACUACCUUCUGGGGAGAGACAUCACUCCAUCCCAUCUUCAACUAUACGGACGACUACGAGAAUCAAUUGAUCCGUACUGCCUUAACAGUGAUGAGCGCUAAGAUGACUGGUAAAAUUGAAGACGCUCGCGAAAUUGCACGACGGUUGCAGAUGCCUGGCGGCGGCUCCUCAGGCGGCAAUGAUUACAAUGGCAAUGGCGGCAGCAGUGGCAAUACUUACAAUGUCAACUUCGAGACUCAGCUACUGAAGGUUCUAGAAUUCCUUGAUCUGGACGAUAGCACAAACAAGGCACGACUCAACCUGAGGAGAAAGUCAGGUCAUGCUAUGCUUCAUCUGGCUUGCGCCUUGGGAUUGCACCGUUUCGUAGCAGGACUGCUAGCACGCGGCGCCAACCCUGAUGUCAAGGAUAAGGGAGGUUUCACGCCAUUGCAUUUCGCCUCGUUGAAUGAUCAACCAGAGAUUGUGCGCCGUCUCAUCUAUGCUGGUGCGGAUCCUACACUCCGAUCCAUCAAUGGACUUACUGCCGCCGAUGUUGCUCAAUCGCGGGACGUGAUUCGAGCCAUUCGCCGUGUUGAACGGCAUGUCAGGUCUCGGAGUGGUGGCUCUCUGCAUAGCCGUGCAAGCAGUGCUACUUCCCUCCGAUCUCUCUGGGAGCCACCAUCGGCGCCAGUAGCAUCUGUCGAAUUCUCUACAGAAGAAUCAGAGUCCGCUGGAGAGAGCCCAGAGUACACUUCUGGAGAUUUCAAUUCAGAAGAGGAUGAUCUCGCCGCGGAUGGUAGUGCUUGGCUGGAAUUGAGACGAAGCAGCACUCGAGGCAGUGUGCACAGCCCCAUUGCUCAAGAUGGCGGUCGUACUCCUCUCCAUGUCACCAACGCUGAUGUUCCUGGUGGCCUCGCUUCUCCAACCGCAGCCAUGACAGCUUUCCGCGAUCAGGUCGCGGCACAGAUUCAUCAGUUCCAGCAGUCAAUGGCUUUGCAGCUACAGAACCUGCCACAUUUCCCGUACUUCAGCCAAAUGCCGAACAUGCCACCAAUGCCAGAUUACCAGGCCUAUCUGAACUCGGCGCCACCGGUGCUUCAACGCAUGACGUCUUUCUUACCUAAUAUGGGAGGCUCUCGCCCUGGGUCCGCAGGCGAGCAGCCGCAAUCAAAGGAGAUGGAGGGCAGAUGGUGGGGUGUAUCCUCUCUCAUGCCCACUUCAUCAGCGCCACCUCCGUCCUACGAUGAGAUCUUCCCUCAGCAAGAUCUAGACAAGAAGCAGUCCUCGGCUGCUCAAGCAGCUGCGGAGGCUGAGGCCGAUAGCAAGUGUGCAACUCUGUAUGACCAACCCAGCACGUCUAGCGCGCCUGUUCAGCAGUUACCCAAACUGUUGCAGAUUGGCCGCAAGAACGCUAUCACCAAGGAACAACAAGACAACCUGCGUCGAGCACAUGCCGAGAAUCUGAAGAGGUUGAGCAGAGACCGAAACCUCUUCUUUAUCUGGGAUUCGCAGAUCCCGCUGCUCGUCAUGAUUAUGUGCUCUAUGCUAUAUAGUCGCUUCCCGGGAGCAUUCUCAGCUGUGUUCAGUUUCUUGCCGUCUUUCACUUCCAACACUCAGGCUCUUCAGACUAUCCCAGAGCGGGUAGUCGAGAUUGCCUAA